CGAAUUUUUUUUCCUUUUUUCCGGAGACAACGCAAAGAAGUGUUUUCUCUGCAACACGUGUUUCAAAAGAAUGGCUUCCUUGGAAAGAAACUAUUUUUGGGGUUGUACGCUGAGCAAAGACAAGCCCGAGGUAGAAUGGCUUGGUUUAGAUGCCAAAGAAAGCCCUGUGGAAGUCGACAUUUUAAACCAACUUGCUCUCAGUCAGGCAUGCCUUGGGCCGAAAGCAAAAGACAACUCUCAUGUUGUACAGGUCACAACAAAAGGUGUCAACGACAACUCAAUAACACAGCCUAUUAUCAUUCUUGGUUCUGGAGUUAGGCAGGUACAGUGUCGACUAGAGUUUAAUUCGGAAGCGACCUUCAAACUUAUUGAAGGAGUUGGACCAGUUCAUCUGUCUGGUAGUCACAUUCAAGUGUUAUCCGAGGGUUAUGUUGACAGUGACGAAGAGGACAGCAUUGAUGAAGGCAUUGCAUCCGGAAAACUAUUGUCGCCACCGAAUGUAAAACGACAAAAUCCACCCAAGUCUGGAAAAGAACAACGUCCGGCCGCUAAGAAAGCAAGGCUUGAAAUAGUCAAUGGCAAUGAUGCAUCCAGCGAUGAGGAACCAGACCAACUCAUCCCGAUAAAUCUGAAAGACGACAAGGCAAAGGUAGCCAAAGGAAAAGUGGACAAAACAAAGAAACCAGCUGUUGACACCAAGUCGAAGAAACCAAUUUCAGCUCCUGCGAAGAAGGCCAAGUUAGAUGAGGAUGACGAAGAUGAUUCCGAAGACGACGAGGAUGAUGAUGAUGAUGAUUUCGAUGUCGAUUCGGAAGAUGAUGACGAUGAUGAAGAUGCGUCCGAUAGCGAUGAUGAUGAUGAUGACAGUGAUGAUGAUGACGAUGAUGAUGACGAUGAUGACGAAGAUGAUGAAGACGAUGAAGAUGAUUUCGAUGAGGAAUCAGAUAAAGAGGAGGAAGGCUUAACCCAGAAUAAAGGAAAGCCCGCAAAGGUUACCCCUGGAAAGAAGAAAGAGGAAAAUAAAACGCCUGGAAAGAAACAAACGCCGAACAAACAGACGCCAAAGAAGGGUAACAUGGAAGCUUCUGUAAAUCUACCAAAGACGCCUGACCUGAGCACCGUAAAACAGAAACUUUUAAAGUCCCCGAACCUGCCGAAAAAAAUGGACAAGUUUAAAAAUUUCAUGAAAACAAAUAUGAAAAUCACUGACGAAAAGGUUGUUAAAGAUAUGUGGACAUUCGUUCAAGCGAACAAGAAGUAGGCUCGUAACAAACAGUGGAUGGAACUAGCUUGCGUUACCGUGCGAGUUAAAUUUCCCCAUAAUAAUGUAUACAAUUCACAUUCAGGACUAUAUAUAAUGCUGGACCAAUAAAUGGAUGCUAAAAUC